CUUCGACUCUACAAGAUGGAGUUUUGGUGCACUGCGCGCCACCAGCAAUGCAAUGACCGAAACGAACUCCCUUUCCCAAUACUUGCCCUCACAUGAAUCAAAUACCUCACCUUCUCGUUGCAGCCGCGAAGACUCACCGUCAGUGGAGCAAGCGUCUUACAGUCCUAGUACCUCUCACUGGAUACGGAGUUACCGAUCCGAUGCAUCGAUCGCCUUGAUAGGGAUUCGGGGAGCGGGGCUUUCCACCCUCGCAGUCAUCGCCGCCGGCUGUUUGAAUUUCAAGAUACUCGAUGCAGAUCACCAAUUCUACCAAGCUACUGCGCUUUCGCGCGCCAAAUACAGAUCGGAAUACGGUCAUGCCCAGUAUCGUCAAGCGGAGACUGUACUGCUGCACUCAAUGCUUACGAAGAAUCCAUCAAACACUAUCAUUGUUUGUGGGCCGGGUGCAGUUGAGCCUUCUGGACGAACAUCGCUCUCGAAGUUUGCAUCGGACCACCCAGUCAUUCAUGUAACCAGAGAUGCUCAAGGAAUUCAGAGUUACCUGCGUGUAUGGGAUACCGUCACGGUGUCUACGAUCCAGAAAGCCAGCGCUCCAGUACUUCGGUUGAUAUCGAAUUUCGAGUACCACAACUCUACACGUGUUGUCAACGUUUCAGAGCAGACUUCGCAUGAUCCGCUCGCUCUCAAGCAAGUCGAGAAAGAUUUUGUACACUUCCUCUACUCUAUCACUGCACGCCACAGGGUCUCUCUCCGACCUCUAGACUCCCCACGGUUGACGCUUUCGGAAAACCAGCGAUUAACCUACAAUUUGAUCAUACCUUUACCAGUACCUGAUACGUAUUGGAUCGGCAUGCGUGAGGAGGAUAUUCUUGCGAAUGCAGUUGAGCUGCUCAUACCACUUUCGGCCAUCGGUUUGGACCGAGCUGGAUUCGAUGGACUCGCUGCUGAUUACAUCACCCAGCAAUACUGCGCUGCGAAAAGCAGCACGCAUCUCCCAGUCAUCCUGAGUUUCCAGGUCAUUGACCAACAUUCGGACUCCAGCGAUCAAGCGAAGGAUUGUUACUGCAAUGCUCUGUAUCAUUGUCUCCGCUUGGCCCCAGAUUAUCUCUGUAUCGAUCUCAUGCAAGACCCGAUAAUGAUCCAGCGACUGAUGGCAGUCAGAGGUCAUACCAAGAUCAUUGCUGAAUGCGUCGAGUCUAGGAAUCACAGAGACUGGAGCAGCCCAAUAUGGAGCGAAAGGGUUACUCUUGCUGAAACCAUUGGAGUGGAUGCGCUGCGCCUAACCCAAAAAGCGACAACAAUGGCAGAUAAUUUCGCAGUUCGACACUUCGUGGACAGAAUGAAUUCUUCCACUGGGCGUAAGAUCACAGUCAUUGCCUACAACACGGGUCACUUGGGAAGAAUGUCCCAGUAUUGUGGUACCUGUAUGAACCCAGUGGCAGAUCAUCGUCUACAAGAUCAUUCUGCUUGGGGCUCUUAUGCCUCGAUGCUGACCAUGCAACAAUCACACAGUGCCCUGUACACUUCAUAUAUCCUCGAUGCUUUGAAUUUUGGCAUUUACGGUAACGAUAUCGCACAAAGUCUCUCGCCAGCCAUGCACAACGCCGCGUUUCAAAAAAGUGGGAUGCCUCAUGUGUACAAAUUAUUCCAAUAUUCGACACUGGAGGAAUUGCGAAAAUUGAUAUCCCAUUCGAGGCUGGGCGGACUCAGUGUGACAGCUCCUUUCAAGAGUCAGGUAUUGUCACUCGUCGAUGAGAUGAGCCAUGAGGCGUCGAUCAUCGGAGCAGUCAACACUCUGGUCCCUCUCCGUUCAGACAAAAGCCUCGCAUUUUCUGAAAGGAAUCGAUCCGGUCCUUCUCUCGCCCUUUAUGGUGAUAAUACAGACUGGAUUGGGAUCACAAAUUGCGUCAUGAACAACCUCUCACCCAUCAAUGCUAUCAAACGAAAGACUACAGCUCUUGUGGUGGGUGCAGGCGGUAUGGCUCGAGCUGCAACGUAUGCUCUUGCUCGCCUCGGUGUGCGAAGAAUCUUUAUUCACAAUCGUUCUUUGGAAAGGGCGGAAGCUCUUGUAGAGCAUUUUACCAGCUGCGGUGUCCUCCAUCGUGCUGACAUGACCAGAGGAUCUGCCCUAGAAACGGAUGCAGAUUGCCAAGGCAACUCUUCAGCCAUUAGCAUUCUAACAGAGAAAACCGAUUAUUGGCCUGAGGAUGUCAAUUCUCCUACCAUCGUCGUAUCGUGUAUUGCUACCAAAAAUUUGGACGGGCAAUGCUCGGUUGACACAAGCUUGCCCCCGCUCUGGCUCGCAAGUCUGACUGGAGGCGUUGCUGUCGAGCUGUCCUAUGCCCCUCCAAUAACUCCUCUCCUCAACCAAGUUCGAAGCUUGCAACAUCGAGGUUGGGUUGCUGUAGAUGGACUGCAGAUGCUACCAGAGCAAGGACAACCCCAGUUUGAGUUGUUCACUUCCCAUCGAGCUCCAAUCAAAUCUAUGCGCGAUGCGGUUCUCAGAGCACAUGAACGAAACACCGACGUCACGCCAAGAGCUGCUCGUGCAGUACGGACAGAAGAGACUUAGAUGUUGACAUUACGCAAUAUGCGAACCGUAAUUGCACUUACACACCAAAGAGCUAUUUUUUCCAGGCCGUAUCAUCGCGGAUGGCGAUCAUCCGAAAAUCGGGCGGCUGAACAAUUCAGAUGACACUAGGCCAAACUAAGA